CACCAAUUCCUGCCAGGCCAGCAAGUUCUUGUGAAUCUGCUCGGCCUCGAGAGCUUCCUCGGUGACAGACCAGUAGCCCUUCACUCUCUUGCGAGUGGAUGAAUUCUUGCAUGUUCGACCGGGAAAUCGAUAGGUCCGAACGAGCUGCGGCACACCCACAAAUGCAAUGAGAGAUCAAUCCGUCUAUUUCGUCUUCCUGGCUCUUUGUAAACUAAAUAAGCGCGCAUCCUUGAGGACGCACGCGAAAUCUACGCAAAAUUAAAAAAGGUUGAGCUUAAGGUCGACAACGGAGGUUGGGAAUUGGUGGCCGAAAAUUAGGAGGGGCGGACAAGGUCUCGAGCAGUCUCUGGAGUGGCCUUCGCGUCGAGGGAAAGUGCCCCACCAGGAUGAGCGAGACAGAGGACAAUGAAUACAAAGUGUACAGCAGAAGAUUAUUGCAAGACGCGGCUGCCUUGCAAAUCAUGGAGGGCGCGAGCGACACUGAAAAAUUGGACGUGGAUUUAAAAGAGGAUGAAAUCAAAGACGCAGAUUCCUCCCUUCCAGAGCCGCGCGAAGGGACAUCAGAGUUCAAGGUUUACAAACGAAGAUGGGCAAUUUUGGCUCUUUACCUUUGCUACGACAUCAUCAGCGCAUUCCAAUGGAUUCAAUACGCCAUUAUUGCGAAUGUGAUAGUCCAUUAUUACAACGUCCCGCCCCAAGCCGUAAACUGGACUUCAGUCAUCUUCAUGGUGGCCUUUGUGAUAACAAUCAUCCCGGCCACGUGGUUCUACAAUAAAUUUGGUUUACGGUUGGCCCUUUUACUCGCAAUGGGUGGUACACUUUUGGGGACUUGGAUAAAAGUGUUCUCUGUGCACCCAGACCUCUUUUGGGUCACUUUCCUGGGACAGACGAUUGUGGCUUUGAGUCAAACUUAUGUUUUGAGCAUUCCUGUGCCAUUAGCGGCUACAUGGUUUGGUCCAAAUGAGGUGUCAACCGCUUGUUCAAUUGGACUUCUUGGAGCUCAGAUUGGUGGUGCUUUGGGAUUUUUUAUUCCUGUGGCAUUGGUCCCCGACCCCAAUAAUGGUGACACUGCUGCAAUUGAAAAAGGACUCGGUUAUAUGUUUUACGGCUGCGCAAUCAUAUCUACUGUAGUAUUUGUCCUUCAACUCAUAUUUUUGCAAGCUGAGCCACCAACGCCUCCGAGCUUGGCCCAGGCAAGUCGCGGCACCAACAAUGAAUCUGUUUUAGACUACGUCAAGGCACUAUGGAAACUGCUAAAAAAUGUGCACUUUGUGCUCAUUUUCUUCGCAUACAGCAUCAACCUAGCUGUGUUUUCAGCAGUCACCACUUUCUUAAAUCAGAUGAUUACCCCGAUAUAUCCGGAUUCGCAAAACGACGCAGGAAAUAUGGGAGUGUUGAUAACUAUAUGUGGAAUAAUUGGAUCAGUAUUUGUUGGUUUCAUACUUGACCGAACACGACUUUAUAAGGAAAUGAAUAUUCUUGUGUAUGCUCUUUCCGCGGUGGCAAUGCUGACUUACACAUUCAUCCUGAGGAUGGGGAACAUUUAUUAUGUUUACGCCUGUGCAGCAUUUCUUGGAGUAACGUUGGUUGGAUAUUUGCCAGCUGCGUUUGAAUUUGCGGCAGAACUGACUUACCCUGAGCCAGAAGCAAGCUCGGCCGGUUUGAUGACAUUUGGAUGCCAAAUUUUGUCCGCAAUUUACACUCUUGCCUAUGGUUGGGUUUUCACCCCGUAUGGAGAUUUAGCAAGCAACUUAUUUAUGAGUGGGUCGCUCAUAGUCGGCACUGUGCUGACUCUGUUUGUCAAGUCUGAUCUUCGCAGACAACGUGCUGAAGCUCAUGAAAAUUAGUCACAGCAAUUUUUUGGUAUACUAUGCUAAUUUAAUUCAGAACUAAAGAUUUUUAAUAAUUAUAAAAUAUUGAAUUUACAUAUAAAUGCUUUCUACCCGUAAAAACGCUGUGAUAGUCAUAAUUGGUCAUAAUCAUAAAGAAAAUAAGCAUCUAUAUAAAAUUUAUGUCUAGCUAAUUAUUUCAAAUAAUAAUAUAUGUAUAAAGAAUUUAAUUAAGCUUUUGAAUUUUUAAAUAUGAUCUAGAAUAAUGCAUAUUCAGGCAAUAUUUUGUAUUCGACUUUCAUUCAAAGACUAAUAAAAACUCAAUUAUAAUCACUCCCUCCUCCUUCAUUUUUAACUUCAUUAUUAAGAAUUCAAAAAUUGAUGCUAUUUAAUAUUGCAAACAAUCUUCACCCUACUCUAUUUAAAUAUUUAUUGUUUUUUGAGUAAUGUAAGUUGAAUUCAGUUCAAAGAAAUAUGAAGUGGAAAAUGUUUAGGAGGAUAAAAAAAAUUUUACAAUUCGCUCGAUGCCUCAUUCAUUUUUGUGCGCUGUGAACGAGGCGAAGGGGCUGCAGUACUCAAUUAUUUCCAGGCAUCAUAUCCAGCAACACAAAAAUGUGUUAUGUAUUAUUAAGGCCGAAAUCGUAAAUUGGCGUGGUUGCAGUUGGGAAUCCUAGACAGGGACUCUCAUGGGCCUCUCUGCGAUAUUUGGGAAUCGCACUCCAUAUUAAUAAAUGCAAUGGUAGAUAUUAUAUAAGUACUUGUAAUAUAAUUUUUGGAAACGGCAUCAACAAUUCAAUUACUAAUAAUGAAAAAUUGACAGAUAAGUAAUAAUUGAAUAAGUUGAACGUAAUUAAAAUCUGCCAAAAAAAUAAUGAAAAAAAUAAUAUUUAUUUUGUCCUAUUUUAGUUAAAAUUUGCUGUGUCAGUUUAUUGUUAGUGUUCUUCCAUUUAAAAUUUAUAAAUCUAGUACAUAAAUAAUAAUUUUUGUAAUAUAUUUGUUGUUAUCAAAUUGCUGCAAAUAAUCCAAUAAAGAAA